AUGCCACUCCGGAAGGGAAUCACAGUCAAUAACCACACGGGCGCCUUCGAAGACGACGACGACUUUACCGACGAGGACUCGGCCGGCAUCCAGGUAGUCUCCGCCAGCGAGGACGAAUACACCACCUCGGAGGCGACCGACGAGGAAGACGACGAAGAAGACGAAGAGGGCGAGGAAGACGACGACGACGACGAGGAAGACGAAGACGACGACGAGGAAGGCUCGUGGGACUACAUAGAGGACGAAAUCAACCCCUCCGACUCGGCCUCGCGUCCACAAGUCGUCAGCAAGCACCACUCGGCGCAGCGGCACGCUGUCUCGCAUCACGCUGUUGCACGCCACGUUAUUCCCCCACCUGCUAUAGCCCCUCCACGUGGACCACGCACAAAGGCCUCGCACCGAGAUCGAGCCUCUUCGCGUCACGCAGCGCCCGUCCCAGAUCCUCCCUCGCGCCACGAGAGCCAAAGUCGUAGCCGCAGCCGCAGCAAACUGGAGCGCACACGCAGGUCGAGGCGGCCAAGGCCCCAAUCCGUCCAUCAGGACGCUCUCGAGGUCGAGGACGACGACUACCCAUACGGAGCCCCGCCCCACCCUGGCCAUCCUCCCGGCCAUCCCAGUGCUGGCUGGGGCCACAUACCCCAACAUGCUCCCAACGGCUAUGCGCCCAGCUUGAUGUCGGAUCCACGCUACCCCUACGGCGGCUUCCCGGGCGGCGCACAAUCGCCCCCGGGUCAGCUGGUGCCCUUCGGUCAAGAGGCACACUCGGCCUAUGCUCAGAACCCCUUUGCCCCUAACGGCCAGAAUCCUUUUACUCAAGGUCCUCCUUCGGCUGGCGAUCCACGCGGCGGUUACUUUCCCGAUUACCAGGACCCGCGCCAUCAAGACCCACGCCACCAAGAUCCGCGUCAAUCACGUAGGGGUCAUCGUAAGUCCAUGCCGGCGGCGCCCCAAGCAGACAUGAUGCCUUAUUCACCAAUGGGCUACUACCCACCAUACGGUGCUUCGCCCUAUGGUGGCAUGCCACCGCACAUGUAUCCGUACGGACAUCCAGAGCAUCACUCUCCACCUCCACAACACCCGCCUUCGCACCCACCCUCGCAUCCACCCUCGAAGCGUCCUACACCGAAGCCCCAGCCUCCGCCUGAAGAAGAACAUCAUGUCCCCGCUGCACCAGCUCCGCCUCCGCCCCCACCUCAGCCUCAGCCAGCCCAAACCCCUGCUGACCAGAUGCAACUGCAGACGUUGCAGCAGCUUAUGCAACAACAGCAGUUGCAACAGCAACCCAUGCAACAGCAACUCAUGCAGCAACCCAUGCAACAGCAGCUCAUGCAACAAAUGCACCCUAUGGCUAUGAUGGCUCAACCUCCCCCUCCGCCUCCCGCUCCCGCGCAACCUGAUCCAAAGGAGGAGGGCAUGCUCUCCAAGCUUGAGAAACUCUUAUUGGGCAAGGAGGAAGAGGAGAGAAAGGCGGCCGAGAAAGCAAGAAGAGACGCUGAAUUAGCCAAGUUCGAUCGCCUCGAAAAUCUGCUCAUUGCCCAACAAGAGGCUAAAAUCGAGAAAGAAAAGGCUAAGAAGGAGGCUGCCGAGAAGGCUGCUCAAGAAGCUGCCGAGGCAAAGAAGAGGGGUGAUGAAGACAAGCUCGCCAAACUCGAAAGCCUCAUCCUUGCUCAGAAAGACGAACAACUCAAGCGUGAGGCGGCUGCAGACGCGGCUCGAGCAGCCGACAAGGCAGCUGCAGAUGCGGAGGCAACCAAGAUUGCAGAAGAAAAGAAAGCCGCUGCCGAAAAAGCCAAGCUGAUGCUCGAAGCAGCGCAAAAGGCACGUGAAGAAGCUGAGAAGAAAGCCGCCGCAGAAGCCGAGGAGACCAAGAAGGCCCAUGAGAAGGCUUUGGCAGAAGCCAAGGCUGCUGCGGACGACCUGGAAAAGGGAAAGAAGGCUGCUGAAGAAGAGGCCGCCAAGUUGAAACCAUCCGACGCUCCAAAGGCCCCAAUCAAGUUCAAGGAUGCUGUUGGUCGCAAGUUCAGCUUCCCGUGGGCUCUGUGUAAAACAUGGAAGGGCAUGGAAGAACUCAUCAAGCAAGCUUUUCUGCACGUCGAUGUGAUUGGCCCUCACGUUCAUGAAGGCCACUACGACCUCGUCGGACCGGACGGCGAGAUCAUCCUCCCCCAGGUCUGGGAAACCAUGAUCCAACCAGACUGGGCCAUUACUAUGCAUAUGUGGCCAAUGCCUGAACCCCCGCCACCACCACCGGAACCGCCCAAAGAAGCGUUUCCUCCACCACCGCCCCCUCCACCGGAUGCGCAAGUGUUCCUGUCCAGCCACCUUCCGUUGAAAGGAAAGGGCAAGAGGGACAAGAGCCAGAAACGCCAAUCCCUCCCUCAGGCACAUAUCGUGCAAGUGCCCCCUCCUCCUCCGGGUGUCAUGCCUGGUCCUCCACCCCCACCGCCGCCUCCUGGACAUCCUGCUGGUGGUUCCCCCCCUCCUGCAGUUGUCGUUAUGCCCAGUGGCAGUGGCAGCUCCGGAAGUUCUCGCAAGAAGCCUGCGCCAUCACCUUUCUUCAGAUGGGCUGCUGGCACCCAAGUCAGGAAGAAGAAAUAG